AAUUCCAGCCUUUGAUUCUUUCUGGAUUUGCUAGCGCCAAUGGAGGAGGAGAUCAAGAUCAAGCACUUAUCUUUCGCGCCGGAUAAUCCUCCGUUGUCAGUCAUUGUGGCGGCCAAGCUUGCCGGCAUAACUUUGCCCGCAGACACUUCCGCCGACACCUCUCCCACUCUUCAUCUCUCUAAUGGGCUGAAAUUGCAUGGAACGCAUGUUAUUCUAAGAUAUAUUGGUCGAGUUGCUAACCUUUCUAAUUUCUACGGGCACGAUGCCUUUGAAUCUAGCCAGGUUGAUGAGUGGUUGGAGUAUGCUCCCAUCCUUUCAUCCGGUUCUGAAUUUGAGAAUGCUUGCACCUACAUGGACAAGUAUAUGGAGAAGCGUACUUUUUUUGUGGGUUAUUCAUUGUCUAUUGCUGAUAUAGCAAUCUGGUCAGGCCUUGCAGGAACUGGGCAAAGAUGGGAGAGUUUGAGAAAGUCAAACAAGUAUCUGAAUUUGGUUCGAUGGUUCAACUCAGUUUCUGCAGAAUAUAGCGAUGCCUUGAACGAAGUCACUGCAACUUAUGUUGGUAAAAGAGGCUUGGGAAAGCCAGUGGCAUCCAAACCAAAAGAGCAGCAAAGUGUAAAUGGUGAUAUUUCUGAGAAGGGGAAAGCGGGAAGCAAGCCUUCUCAUGAAGUGGAUCUGCCAGAUGCUGAGAUUGGAAAGGUGCGUUUGCGAUUUGCACCAGAACCUAGUGGUUACCUUCACAUAGGCCAUUCAAAAGCAGCUCUUUUGAAUCAGUACUUUGCUCAGCGCUACCAAGGUCAAGUGAUUGUGCGCUUUGAUGAUACAAAUCCUUCUAAAGAGAGCAAUGAGUUUGUGGAAAAUCUUUUGAAAGAUAUUGAAACAUUGGGAAUUAAGUAUGAAACUGUUACAUAUACUUCAGAUUACUUCCCUCAGUUGAUGGAAAUGGCUGAAAAAUUGAUCCAUGAGGGUAAAGCUUAUGUUGAUGAUACACCACGUGAGCAAAUGCAGAAAGAAAGGAUGGAUGGCAUUGAAUCCAAAUGUAGAAGCAACAAUGUGGAGGAGAAUUUAAAGCUGUGGAAUGAAAUGGUUGCUGGCUCUGAGAGGGGUUUGCAAUGCUGCGUCCGGGGAAAGUUAGACAUGCAAGACCUAAACAAAUCACUCAGAGAUCCAGUCUAUUAUCGUUGUAAUCCAGUUCCCCACCACAGGAUUGGAUCCAAGUACAAGUUAUACCCAACUUAUGAUUUUGCGUGCCCAUUUGUUGAUUCCAUAGAAGGUAUAACGCAUGCUCUUCGUUCUAGUGAAUAUCAUGAUCGCAAUGAUCAAUACUAUAGGAUUCAAAUGGACAUGGGACUCCGAAAGGUUUACAUUUAUGAAUUCAGUCGCCUGAACAUGGUCUAUACACUUCUCAGCAAGCGGAAACUUCUAUGGUUUGUGCAAAAUGGAAAGGUUGAUGGAUGGGAUGAUCCUCGUUUUCCUACAGUCCAAGGAAUUGUUCGUCGAGGACUCAAAAUUGAGGCAUUGAUUCAAUUUAUUCUGGAGCAGGGGGCAUCGAAAAAUCUCAAUCUUAUGGAAUGGGACAAACUCUGGAGUAUUAACAAGAGGAUCAUUGAUCCUGUGUGCCCUCGACAUACUGCCAUAAUUGAAGAGCGACGUGUUCUGUUGACCUUAACUAAUGGUCCUGAUCAUCCAUUUUGUCGUAUCAUCCCCAGGCAUAAGAAAUAUGAAGGUGCUGGAGAGAAGGCGACAACAUACACAAAGAGGAUAUGGAUAGACCAUGCUGAUGCUGAAUGCAUCUCAGCGGAUGAAGAAAUAACCUUAAUGGAUUGGGGGAAUGCUAUAGUGAAGGAAAUUAUUAAGGACCAAGAUGGAAAUAUAACACAAUUAGUAGGCGUUUUGCAUCUUGAAGGAUCUGUGAAGACCACUAAGUUGAAACUCACGUGGCUUCCAGAAACAAAGGAACUAGUCAAUCUUACAUUGAUGGAGUUUGACUAUCUCAUAACAAAGAAGAAGCUGGAGGAAGGGGAGGAUUUUCUUGAUGUGCUGAACCCAUGCACUAAGAAGGAGGUUGCUGCACUUGGGGAUUCCAACAUGAGCAAUUUGAAGCGUGGAGAUAUACUGCAGCUGGAGAGGAAGGGCUACUUUAGAUGUGAUGUUCCAUUUAUUAGAGCUUCAAAGCCACUGGUUCUAUUUGCAAUUCCGGAUGGUCGGCAGCAAAGUGUGUUGAAGUAAGAAGUUUGCAUUUGACUAGAACCUCUACUGUCAGCAAAGUGUAUCGAAGUAAGAAAUAUGUGUUUUGACUAGACCGGAAUCUUUACCCUUCAGCUCUUUUCUUUCCAUUGUACCGGCUGCUUUUCGAAUGUAUACUCCUAUGUUUUGAAGAUGUUUUAAAGAAUAAUGCUUUAUGCUUUAU